GGUAUCUCCCACUUACACAACGCGACACGCAUAUGAACGCCGGUGCGGGUUUUGGCCACGCAGUGAUUGCAGUCAGUGUGGAGCGAGUGUUGUGUUUAUUUGCUUUGCGAGUUAUUUCGGAGAGCGGGGAAGCCUCCUGGUGUUUGUGCUGCAGCCCGGUUCGCAGUGUUUACCGCUAAUUCACGAGAGCAAUGGCAGAUGUGGAGAAGGGCAAGAAAGUGUUUGUGCAGAAGUGCUCACAGUGUCACACCGUUGAGAGUGGCGGCAAGCACAAGACUGGGCCCAAUUUGUGGGGCCUCUUUGGUCGCAAGACGGGCCAGGCUCCAGGCUAUUCGUACACCGAUGCCAACAAGUCGAAGGGCAUCACCUGGGAGGAAGAUACACUCUAUGUCUACUUGGAGAACCCAAAGAAGUACAUCCCCGGCACGAAGAUGAUCUUCGCCGGAAUAAAGAAAAAAGACGAACGUAACAACCUGAUUGCUUACUUGAAGAAAAGUACAUCAGACUAAGCGAUGACGUCUACGGAUGAACAUGAACUAUUCUUUUAAAGGCCUUUAUUUAACAUAUUAACUCUUUAAACUAAAGUCUCACCUAAUUGACUUAUCGUUGAAUUACUUUAAGAGCAAAUAAUGUGUGGCACUAUCUAAUAUAUGCACAUAGAUUGGGCGUUGUAUUUCUCCGGCUUCAAACUUCCAUUUUUUUUGUCAGUGGUGUAUGAUAUAGUUUUAACAUUUUCUAUUCCUGCCACGUGUGUUUUAAUUGCUUGAAGCAGAUGUAAACAGAGUUCAUGUAGAGUAACAUCUCUCGAAGCCAGAGUAACAAUGGAGAGAGAGAGUUGCCUGGUUUUGGGGUAUGCCUGGCAUAUUGAAACUAAGCAAAUAAUACUUGCAUUUAAUUUAACCGGGAACACCCAUACACAUCUAACGGACUUGUUAUACCGUACUACUAAAUAGCUACAUAUUAUACAAUUUCAUAACACUUAAAAAAAAUCACGACGUGUACUGUACAGUUUAAUCUGCAUCACCAUCACGCUGAAUGAGCUUCAUGUCAUAUUUCUAAAGUGUGAAGUAAAUGCUUGAGAGCACUAACAGUAAAUUAACCUGUACAAGCAGUCAAGUUCACUGAAUUCCAUAUGACAGAUAAGUACUGUAUUGUAGCUUUAGAAUUGCUAGUGCGCAUGUGCUUACCCAGAAUUCUGCCUUAUUCAAGUCUGCCUUUGUGAUGUUUGACUGUUGUUUUGGAAUAUUGUGGUUUGAAUGUUUGUGUUCGUUUUUAUAAGGUUUUUUUAUGAUUCCCUAUGUAAAACUGAGAGCACUCCUUAUGUUGUUUUGUUAGUAUUUGUAACUGUUGCACAGUUACAUGCGAUGUCUAUCAAAUGAUGCUUUCAUUAGAACUAUUAUCAAAGUCCAUAAAAAAAAUACAAUUAAACCCUUUUUCAGUCAUCCACUCAGUAAAAAUUAGUGUGCGACAUUGCGAAUUAGUAAACGCGUUUGUGAGUGGCAUUGACGAAUCAAGUUUUAACAGCUGUACAGCAUUAAUAGUUGACGCUUUGGCACUUCCCCGAUGUGUGCAGGGCUGACAGUUGAUUUCUACCUCUUGGUUAUUUCUGAGAGGAGUUGCUGAAACGGGUUUUUUUGCAGCAAAGCAUACUGCAAAUUUCGAUAUGAAAUCCACUGCUGGAUAAAGGCCUCCCUGUACAAUGUCAGUUACGGGGCUUGUUUCAACUCACGGCGCUGGUCAGUGUGGUGUGAAGGGGUGAGGUCCAGGACUUGUGCGCAGAUAUCACUCUCCACCUAAUAUUAGCUCUGGUGAAGAAUCAAACUGAGGUCGUGAGAUUAAUAGUGCAGGCAAUGAACCACCGUGCAUGCCACUGCUCCAGUGUACCACCCAUAUGGUAAUUAAGAUCAAGCCGUUGUGUGUCACUGCUUAUAGCAUAAAUUCCAACGUCAAUAUAUGUAUAUAUAAAAGUAUAUAUUCGUAUGAUUGGCAAUAUUUCCCCUGCAAAAGAUAUCGCUGACAGUGGGUUUGAACCUGAAAAUCAUAAAUAUGAGAACAUAAUGCAAUGGAAAGUUACUGAAAAUGACAGGAUUCGUGUGUUUUUAUAAGGUUAUAUGGAGGGUGAAGACUUUUUGUACAGUCUCGAAGCUGUAGAGCUGCUGUACGUGCUUCUCAGAUUUGUCUUCCAUCUGGACAGUAUUUGGAAACAUUUUCCUGAAGUUGGUAACUUGUUGCUGUAAUACAACACCGGGUAUGGACAUUUUUUACUCUUUCGUUCUUUCGGUAAAGUAACGUAGGUAUAAAAUAAAUCACGACGUUUCGGAAGCAACACAAGCGUAUGUCAUCAGGUGGAACAGCCACAGCAAGAAACAAAUUGCUGUAGUGGGCAAAAGAGCUGCUUGUGACAAGAGGUUAUAUAAGGCAAGAGGGGGGAGGAGCCAGGGAGGAGAAAUAGAGUGGGUGUGGGGUAGGGGGAGUGAGACUCUGCCGCUUGCACCGCAAGUUCGACACAAUGCCGGAGCUGGGCAGUGAGUGGGCCUGGGGGAGUAGAAGGCUGAAGAAACUGGAGAUGCGGAUAUGAAGGCAAACUAUAAAGCAGUUCAGGUUUUACCUGGUUAAUAACAUCCUUCCAAUGAUUGCUAAAUUUGUAUCCAUCUUCUCGGUUGAAGUUAUGUCUAUGUUCAGAUCUAGAUUAGAUGGCAAUUUUUUUUUACUCUCACUUCAGGAUUCUUUCAGCAUCAACAAAUCAACACUUUUAAACAAACCCUACUGGCUUACAUAAUGUAAACUACAUAUUAUUUGUAAUGCCUUUAUGGGAACAAUUAUUUUUUUAAACGAAGUUCAGAAAGUGUCGUUGAAAAUAGUCUUAAUAUGAAUUCCCGUGCCGAUGCUGUGGAUGAGUCUGGUAAUGUUUUAGGAUAAUUAAAAUAAUAAUCACUGUGGACUGUCAGCUUAAGGCGGGCUCAAAGUGCUUUGUAAAUUCUUCUUCUUCCUUGUCUUCCAUCCUUUCUGUAGUUAACGCACGAUAUUGUUCGGUAGCAAUUUGAGUUAAUUUAUGUAACAAUAUAGCACGCGUGUGGCAACAUGUUAUAUGCAGGCAUCUGAGUCCCUUCAGGGUUCACAGACAAAACGGUAACUUUAUAUAGGCCGUGCAGAAUAUAAACUAUUGCAAUAUUCAUGUCAUUAUCUCAAAGAUUAUUCCGAUUCAAACAUUGCUUCAUUUCAAUAUUGUAUUUAGUUCUAAAUGGUCUUAGUUAUUGGUGAGUUUUUGUUAUCGCCGGACUCCAUAACAAAUAAACAAAAAAUACAAAAA